AUGCAACUGGGUAGUUUUGAUGUCAUUAUCGGUAUGGAUCGGUUGCGCAAGAAUCAUGUCGAGAUUGCUUGUCAUGAGAAAUUUGUUCGUUUACCCCUUCUGUCUGGUGAUAUUUUGCACGUCUAUGGAGACCGACCUUCGAAUGGACUGAGGCUGAUGUCAUGCACACAAGAGAAUAGAUGCCUACGUAAACAGAACUUUGCCUUUUUGGCCCACAUAGUGGAACAAAAGGGUAAAGGGAAGAACAUAAGUGAAGUUCCAGUAGUGUGUGAUUUCCCUGAUGUCUUUCCCGAAGAUCUACCUGGUCUUCCUCCUUCUAGAUCUGUUGACUUUCGUAUUGAUCUCGUACCUGGUGCGACUCCUGUCGCUAAGGCUCCAUACCGACUUGCACCUUCCGAGAUGCAAGAAUUGUCCAGUCAACUUCAAGAAUUGCUCGACAAGGGAUUCAUCCGUCCAAUUCUAUCACCUGCAUUUAUGCUUAUUGUUUCAAAACUGAAAUCUAAUGGUGAGUGGGUUUAUGCAAUGCAUCAGUUUGAAUCUAUGCCCCUAAUUGUUAGGGCUUUUAUCAAUAACAAUUAG